GAAAGUCAUUUCGUACUGUGAUUGGACAGAAAGAUCACGCGGUUUAUGUCGUCAUACCCGGCAGAAUGACAUGUUUAUUUUUGCUAACAUUUCAGGUAUCUUAAUGCCAAGUGGACUCAAACACUGGCUGGACCACAAUGGCGUCCUACUUUGACGAACACAACUGUGAGCCCACCAACCCGGAGGAGCAGUAUCGUCAGAAUGCGCUGCUGGAGCUGGCCAGGUCUCUGAUGCAGGGCUUGGACUUAAUUGAUUCCGGGGCGUUCGACUUGUCCGACUGGGACCACCGUCUCCCUCCGCCGGCCGCCAAAACCGCUGUCCAGACCCUCACCGUGGUCAUCAUUUCUCCAGAGCAAGCAGAUAAAGGUCUCAAGUGUCCGGUGUGUUUGCUGGAGUUCGAGGAAGAAGAGAGCGUUCGAGAAAUGCCUUGCAAACAUCUUUUCCACUCUGGAUGUAUCCUGCCCUGGCUGGGAAAGACGAACUCCUGUCCGCUGUGCCGGCUUGAAUUACCAACUGACAAUCAAGAGUAUGAGGAGUUUAAAAAAGACAAGGAGAGAAGAAAACAGAGGGAGCACCGGCUGGAAGACCUACAUGGAAGCAUGUACACAUGACUUAACGGUGCCGCCGUCCACGAGUGGCACGGGGACAUUUUACAGGAAAUUAUGAGAGACAUCACAGUUUUAAGUAAUUGCAAAAUGCUGCAUUCCGGCCAUUUCAAGCAUGCAGAUGGAAAACCUCACGUAGGCCUCAUAUCUGUAGUAAUGCUCAGAAGUAUAACAGACAAUUGUCCGGUUCUUUGGAUUCAUUUGAAAUGGCAUGAAUGCAUCAUGUUCUUUUUCUAUGUAGUUAGGACAAAAACAUUUUAAGACAAGUAUGCUGGUGACCCUGAAGCAUUUCUCUUUUUAUUCCAUUUUGAUUCAAAUCUGCAAUCUUUAAACACACAAAAAACAUCUGCCGGGCUGUAUUUGUCAAAUUAAUUUGGUUUGUUUGAACAAAGGAAUAUAUUUUAUUCACUGACCCUUUCUCAUCUUUUUUUUUUUUUACCCCCCAAAAAAUAAUCUAAUACACUUCGAAAGAGUAUUAUUUUUAAAGUGCACUGCAGGGAUGGAAUAUUAAUAAUACAAGCUUACAUAUAUUGCAUCAGAACACCACGGCCUCAUCGUCGCACAGUAAAUGUGGUCUUCAAGCCGAGGUUCAAACCCUGAAGACGGCUGAGUGGUACCCGUCCUCACGCAGAGUAAACUUCCCUUUGCCCUUUAACUCGUCCCGUGAUGUUUGAGGAGACGACGACUCCUUCUGGCCCUGACAGAGGAGCAAUUAAUAACAUAACCAGUAAGCUGUAGGCGGUUUUGGAUGUUUCUACAUCACAUGCAGAGUUCUACACUACAGCAAGAGCCUGUUUGCUAUUUGUGCGCGUGGUGAGACACAAUAUUAACCCUUCAACCUUGAUUACUCAACUUUACAAGGUGGGAUUACAAGCAGCAGUGUAUGUAUAGAUGCAAGUUAGCCAUUCUUGAUGUUGAAUUCCAAAAGUUGUUUCUAUUUGUGUUUCAAGUAAAUAGACCAAUAUUUAUAUAUGCAGUAUCGGUCACAAGUUAGACACACUGUCUUGUUUGAAUUGAAUGACCAAAUGUGUUCAAACUUUUGACUGGUACUGUAUAUUUUUUAUGAAUAUAGAUGUAUACACACACACACAACCUCCCAAAGACUAACCUCAGCUUUAUUAACUUGAAGAUACCAAUACUAUUCCACUACUAUUCUGUCAAUAUAACAUGUACUGCAUGACCAUGAUCAUUUUGCGUCCGUUUUAAGCAGCAAUCUAGUGAUCACUUUGUUGUGUAUAAGGACACAGAGGUAACAACUCAUGCAAAACCUCAAAUCAUUCAUCAUCUUUUUGUAAUAUUUCAAUAUAAAUCUGUCAAACGAAAAUACAUAAAGGAUUAAUUGAAUUACUUAAGACCAAUCUUACACGUUUACAGAAUAUAAUAAAGGGGAGAAAUCAUC